UCGCAGCGCCACCGCUGCCGUUGUUGGUGCUGUGCUAUUAGAUAAACUUGAUAACUGUCAUCGUUUUGAUUUUGAUUUUUACCAACUCCAAAACUUUAAACCUGCUCUUUACAAGAUUAUUCCCUAGUAAUGUCAGCGGAAUCAAUUAAAAAUCCAGGCGGGUUCACAAACCCAGAAAUGCCCGGAUAUGUCGGAUUCGCCAAUCUUCCUAACCAAGUUCACAGAAAAUCAGUUAAAAAAGGAUUUGAGUUUACCCUAAUGGUUGUCGGAGAAACUGGCCUUGGAAAGUCAACUUUAGUCAAUAGCCUGUUCUUGACUGACCUUUAUCCUGAACGCAAUAUUCCAUCAGCUGGAGAACGCACAAAGCAGACGGUUAAAAUUGAUGCUUCUACUGUGGAAAUUGAAGAAAGAGGGGUCAAACUUCGCCUUACUGUAGUAGAUACACCUGGAUUUGGAGAUGCCAUUGAUAACACAGAUUGCUUUAGAUCAAUAAUUCAAUAUAUUGAUGACCAAUUUGAGCGCUUCCUUCGUGAUGAGAGUGGGUUAAACCGUCGAAACAUAGUCGAUAACCGGGUUCAUUGCUGCUUCUACUUUAUUUCUCCAUAUGGCCAUGGGUUGAAACCGCUUGACACACAAUUCAUGAAAAUGCUGCAUCAUAAAGUCAACAUCGUGCCUGUAAUCGCCAAAGCCGAUAUGCUUACCAAGAAAGAAAUUGCUAGAUUGAAGAAGAGGGUUAUGGAAGAAAUUGAAGCAAACGGAAUUCGUAUUUAUCCGCUACCUGAUUGCGAUUCAGAUGAAGACGAAGACUACAAAGAGCAAGUUCGUCAGCUUAAAGAUGCGGUACCAUUCGCUGUCUGUGGAGCCAACACAUUGAUAGAAGUCAAAGGCAGAAAAGUCCGUGGACGACAGUAUCCAUGGGGGGUAGUUGAAGUUGAAAAUCCCGAACACUGCGAUUUCAUAAAACUUCGAACGAUGCUAAUUCAACAAUUGCAGGAUCUCCAGGAAGUCACCCAAGAUGUACACUACGAGAAUUAUCGAUCAGAGCGUCUUGCUAAAGGUGUAGUAGCAGGAAAUCGAAAAACUGCUGGACCAACCAAUUCUACCACACCGUCAGCUGCUCCAGAGCAAAUCAAUGAGAAAGAAAAAAUACUGCAGGAAAAAGAAGCCGAGCUGCGUCGCAUGCAGCAGAUGUUGGCACAAAUGCAAGCUCAAAUGCAACAGCAGCAACCUCAAUAGCAUGAAGAAGACCAGGAGGGAUAGCAAUUUUCUAUGGUUCAUUAUCCCACGAGAAUUUUUUUUUCUCUACGUUUUUGACUGUUCAUUUUCUUUGAUUACCCUUUCGCUAUCCUUGGCACUCAUACCUUCCGAUACGACGUCUUAAGUUUCUGCAAACAUUUUCAAUCCAAGUGCCAACAUUUUAAAUAAUACCAUGCUUUUUUUCUGGUCACUACAGUGAUUAUUUUCCUUCCUUGCCUGCAUUUGAUUUUUUCUUCUAUGUGCGGUUUGAAGCCAAGAUGCGUAUCUAUAAUUCUACGCCGAAUUUCUCCUUAGUAUCUCAAUACUGGUUGCAGUAUUCAAUAUACAAUUUUUUAAAGAUUCAA